CGGGGCGGGCUCGAGGGCGUCGCGGGCCGGGCGCCGAGGACGAGGGGCCGCGGCCGGGGCCGGACGGCAGGCGGAGCGCCGCCGCCGAUGCACACGAGGUGACCAGGCAUUGAUGCACCCCCAGGGAGGCCACGAACUCCAGGAGGCCGCCCCGGCUGGCUGCUGCUCACAUGGUUUCUGGGCCCCUGGCACUCCGGUGGUGCGCGUGGGCAGGGCGUGGGGACAUGGGGCCCGACAUGGAGCUGCCCAGCCACUCAAAACAACUCCUGCUACAGCUGAACCAGCAGAGGACGAAAGGGUUCCUGUGUGACGUCAUCAUCAUGGUGGAGAACUCUAUCUUCCGGGCCCACAAGAACGUCCUGGCUGCCAGCAGCAUUUAUUUCAAGUCCCUAGUGCUACAUGACAACCUCAUCAAUCUGGACACCGACAUGGUCAGCUCCACAGUGUUCCAGCAGAUCCUGGACUUCAUCUACACGGGCAAGCUGCUGCCCAGUGACCAGCCGGCUGAGCCCAACUUCAGCACUCUCCUCACUGCCGCCAGCUACCUCCAGCUGCCCGAGUUGGCAGCCCUCUGCCGCCGCAAACUCAAGCGAGCUGGCAAACCCUUUGGUUCUGGACGAGUGGGGGCUGCUGGUAUGGGGCGGCCUCCUCGUAGCCAGCGGCUGUCCACAGCCUCUGUUAUCCAGGCUCGCUAUCCGGGGAUGGCGGAUGGGCGCAAGGGGGCCCACACUCCCCAGGAGCUGUCCCAGGCCAAAGGCUCUGAUGACGAGCUCUUCCUUGGCAGCUCCAACCACGAGAGCGUGCACAGCCUGAGCCGGGCCGUCUGUCCGGCUGCGGGGGAAGCUGGCCUGGGCAGCUGCAGUACCAAUGGGAGCAGUGGUGGCUGUGAACAGGAACUGGGCCUGGACUUGUCCAAGAAGAGCCCCCCACUCCCCCCUGCCACCCCUGGUCCCCCGCUCACGCCUGAAGACCCAGCCCAGCUCAGCGACAGUCAGCAAGGUUCCCCCCUGUCAGUUUCUGCCCCACCCGUUGCCAAUAGUGCCUCUUAUCCCGAGCUGGGGGGCGCCCCCCCUGAGCCCAUGGAUCUGGAGGGGGCUGAGGACAACCACCUGAGCCUGCUGGAAAGUUCUGGAGGGCCGCCUCGAAAGAGCCUGCGACACUCAGCCCGAAAGAAGGAAUGGAGCAAGAAGGAGUCCAUGGCAGGCUCCCCCUUUGAGCUGAGGGAAGGAGGGCCCAAAGGCCCCUGCCCCGCGGAGGAAGGCGAGGGGCUCGGAGACAGAGUCCCCAACGGCAUCCUGGGCAGCAGUGUUGGAGGGGCAGGUCCCAGCGGGCCCUACGGGGAGCCCCCAUACUCCUGCAAGGAAGAGGAGGAGAAUGGCAAGGACGGGAGCGAGGAUAGUGGGCAGAGUGGGAGUGAGGGGGGCAGCGGCCAUGUCGGGGCCCACUACAUGUACCGACAGGAAGGCUACGAGACCGUCUCAUAUGGGGACAACCUGUACGUGUGCAUCCCCUGCGCCAAAGGCUUCCCCAGCUCGGAGCAGCUGAACGCGCAUGUGGAGACCCACACGGAGGAGGAGCUGUUCAUCAAGGAGGAGGGGGCCUACGAGACCGGCAGCGGCGGCGCGGACGAGGAGGCCGAGGAUCUGUCGGCUCCCAGCGCAGCCUACGCGGCCGAGCCCCGGCCCUUCAAGUGCUCGGUGUGUGAGAAGACCUACAAGGACCCGGCCACACUGCGGCAGCAUGAGAAGACGCACUGGCUCACACGGCCCUUCCCCUGCAACAUCUGCGGCAAGAUGUUCACGCAGCGCGGCACCAUGACGCGCCACAUGCGCAGCCACCUGGGCCUGAAGCCCUUCGCCUGUGACGAGUGCGGCAUGCGCUUCACCCGCCAGUACCGCCUCACCGAGCACAUGCGCGUGCACUCCGGGGAGAAGCCCUACGAGUGCCAGCUCUGCGGGGGCAAGUUCACGCAGCAGCGCAACCUCAUCAGCCACCUGCGCAUGCACACCUCUCCCUCCUAGAAGCCAAAGACCCUUCUCCCGGCCCGGGCGCCUCUGCAGACUCGCCCUCGGAAGCCACGGAAGGAAGGAAGAAGCAAGGAGGCCGGGCAGGCAGGGCCGGGGCGCCGCGGCCCCGCAGGGGUGGCUUCUGGCAGCACCUCCGGCCAGCCACACCCCUAGAGCUUUAAUCAACAGUCUGUACCAAGGGAAGAGAGGAGGGAAGUGGGGGCACGAGGCCCCUGGCUGUGUUGCAGGUGUCCCGUCUACCUCCCCCUCCCACCCGGCCCCUGCUUCCUGUGUGGGCAGCUGGGAGGCCAGUGGGAGUGGGUCCUGGGGAUCUGGCCGGGCCCUAGCCCCUCUCUUGAAGAGGAGCGGAGCUCCCUGCGUGCCAGGCGUGGGGUAGUGUGCGCGUACGAGUGCUUGUCUACGUUCCCGCCACCCUGGCUCUGCCGGGCCGGGUGCUGGCAGGGGGCGGGGGACAGAGCCCACCCUCCUCAAGCCAGGGCCCCCCACCCGCCGCUGCCUACCUCUCCACAACUAAAGAGCCCUCUCUGGGCCUCUGUUGGUGUUUUUCUACUGAUCUGCUCCUUUUUUCCCCUUUGCAUUUUGUUUUUAAACCAAAACCAAGAGUUGAUUGGUCCGCCCAGCCCCUUGGGGCUGAGCUUGAGUCUGCGGACUGAAUGUACAGGGCAGCUGCCCCGUCCUGCUCCUGCCCUGCCUGCCGGGUGGGGACCCCCUCCAGGCCCCAGAAGCCCUUCUUGCCCAAAGGCUUCCCUGGGCCCCGAGCUUUGUCUCGCUGCCUCAGGAGAAAGAGUGCUUUUCCUAUAGUUUCUGAGGAAUGUUCUUUGUUUAGAGGUACUUGUUUUUUAUGAAGAGAAAACCAGUGUAACAUUUAUGUGAAUGUUUGAAUUGGAAGGUCUGGGGUUCAUGGGGGGCGGGGGGAGGCUGGACUUGAUGCCAGGGCUGUCGGUACUCUUGUUUUUUCAUUUUCUGUGUGUGUGCGCGCGUGCGUGCGUGCGUGGUGCCUGUGGACAGAUGUUGCGCUUUCCUUCCUUCCUUACUGAUCAAGGUGGAGAGACUUCUGACCUUUUGCUACCUCUUGAAUUCAUGAGAACAGUUUGUUGGUGACUGGCAGUUGAGCCCAUGACCCUUUUGUUUUUCCUCCCAUCAUAGGCCCAGGAAGAUACAUGUUCAGAUGUCCCGGGCUCGGGCAGGCCUGUGUGGCCCAGAUAGGACUGCCCUGGGGCUCCAGUACCCUAGUGGGGGUUUCCUGCAGCCAUGGAGUCUCUUGGUGUGUCUGUGCGUGAGUGUGCUUGUGUGUGUGCUUUCCCCGUGUCUCCUGAGGGGUUCUGGAUGCUGCUGUCCUGGGCCAGUAUCCCAGCGCAGUGAGGCCAGCUCGAGAACUUGGAGCACAGAGCGAGCUCAGGGGCACUCCCUGCUGGUGCUAGGUUGGGGUGGAAGUGAGCCCCCCCCAUCCUGUGCCUGGGCCUGCAGCCCCCUCCCUCUGGCCAGUGAGAUGCCCAGGGAGGGCUUACCAAAGGAGCAAUUAACUGUUGGGGCACAGGGAGGGGCCCUGCCCUGCUUUGGUCACUCUCUGGCCUGGCCCCGGGCUGCUCCAGAGAGAGGCUGAUGGCCACCGCCCUCCGUCCUCAGGCUCGUCUGGGCCCCAGUGCCUCGGGUACUGUCCGCUGGAGUCAGCUUCCCUGGACUGGACCCCUGUCCUUGGCCAGCACAGCCCAGCAGCUGGAUCUGACUUGUUUUGCUUUGUGCUUGUCUCUUUUUCUUCUUUAAGUUCAGACCAAAAAAUUCUGGAUCAUCCCCUUUCCCUACCCCUCCAGAGACCCUCCAGCUGAAAACAAAGUUCAGGGACCCAAGAGGCGAGCAGUGUGCUUCGGGAGUGAGGGCGCUAGGACUGAGCCCCCGUGGUGUUCCCAGCCUCCAGCUGCCGCCUCUGCCCUUUGGGUGGGAAGUGGAGAACUGAGCCUGCAACUCAGGCUGAGGAUCUGGGGGCCGGGGACCCCCCCCCCCCUGUUUCCAGGCCCUCCUGCUCUCCCCACCCCACCCUGUCAGCACUUAAGCUACAUGACACAAAGUCUGUACUGCACGGGAAUUGUCCCCCACGCCAGUGUGUGCUGUGCUGUGGUGCCACCUCUGUGUGGUGACUCGCAAGAGCAGGCAAUUCACAUGCGGAGUUUCAGGGACUGGGCGCAAAGCCCCUCACUCCACAGCAUUUGUGCGACAUAGUAUUGUACCCACCCGAGUAUUGUAUCGAGCUUUUUCUGUAUUUUAACCAGAAAGCAAAACACUAGUUUCCUAUUUAAGAUUUUAAGGGUUUGCGGGGUGGGGUGGGAGUAACACAACAUUUGGUUUUGUUUUCAUUUUCCUUUGAUUUCAUGUUGAGUGUGUUGUACUUCUGAGUGUGUGUGUGGAGAUGUAUUAAGAGCCCCACGAGAAAUCAGGCCUUUGGAGGCCGGGUGGCUUACAGUUCUCUGCUUUAGUCACUUAAUUCUGAAUGUUUCGGAAAAAAACAGGAAACAGAAAAUAGCAUCUAUCAGGUAGGAGAGGAGAAAGGAACAAAAAGAAAAAAAAAAAGCUCAUACCCAAAUUCACAAAAGCUAUUUUUUAAACCAAAGCACAUUUUGAAUGAGUAUGGAACCUCAUCAGGCUCAGAAAAAAUACUAAUAUAUUUAUCUCAUUGUUUACAUAAACUUUUACAGUUUCCAACCUCAGCAGCUGAAAGGCCAGUCCCAGUGAACCCCACCUUCCCCCAGAGACCCCACCGAGCCAGCGCUGGCCUGCAGAGGGCAGCCAUGGGCUGGGGCAGGGGCCGAGGCCGCUAAUUCACCUGGGCCUCUCUAAGCCCAGCUGGCACCAAAGAGCAUGGGCCUGUGCUGACCAGACCCCGGUGGUCAAGGUCAGCUGACCUCACAGCAGGCAGCUGUUUUGGCCACAACCUCCUCCCCCCACCCCCCCAGGUCUCAGGCCGUGAAUGAAGAGGACAUUCCUCUGGUGUUCUGCUCAAGACAAUGGGGGGCGUUAUUGUGAGGGUUUCUCUCAAGCCAAAAAACUGGGUGGGUUCCAGUGUUCCCAGCCAUGGAGGGCCCUUGUUCCCGCUGGUCCCCACAUCCCCCUGCUUCCGGCCGGCUGUGGGAAGGGCUAAGCGGGCUGGGCCUUACCAACACAGAUGGUGCAGACACUCUGAACAGUGUUGUUUUUGUAUCAAUAUGUUUGUGCAGUGAUGAAUGUAUUUAUUUCUCAGACUUGGGGUGAGCACGUGGCAGGCCCAGCGCCACCACCGCAGCUCCCGCCAUUCAGAGCCACGGCAAAGGCUCCUCCAGAGUUGCAAAACAAAACAAAAAAGUUAAAGACAAACGUCGAAACAAAUGAGAAUCUCAGAGACUUGCAGCAUAGCCAUACACCUCAGCCUGUGAAAAGAACAAUGAACAAUCCGGAUCCGGACCUACCGACCGGCCGACCUCCAGAACCUCAUGCAGCUUUGUAUGCAGCCUUGUGUGUGUGUGUUGUGUGUGUGUUGUGUGUUUCCCGUUGUCACCACUUGGGGGUGCUGGGCUGUCCCGCCCGCUCCCGCCCCGUCAGUAUUCACUGGACUCAGCUGUGCAGGAGUGCGAUCUGGGCUGGGCUGGCUGGGCACACGGACCCCAGCUGCCCGCCCUAUGGCUGUCCUAAGUUGGGGCAAAGCCUGAGCAGCCGGGACAACCAGGCUCAGGGAAGAGGCAGCUGCAGCCGUCCUAGCUCCUUGGCAAGGGGGCAAAGCAGAGGUGCCAGGCCUUAGGAGACAGACAAGUGACUGUGUGCCCCUAAAGGGACCAAGGUCCUAGCUUUUUCCGGAGUCAUGUCAUGGAACCUAUGACUCAUGCCAGGAGUGAAGGGAUGGAGGGUGGCCUGGCCAGAGCCUCAGUCUGACAUUCCAAAUUGGGGUGGGUGUGAGCUGUGGGAAUUGAGGCUGCCCAGGACUCCUUUCCGAGGACCCCCCGGCUUCAGUCACCUCACGUUAAGUUCCUACCAGAGCCCCUCCCCCUACCUCACCUUGCUAUUUAUUGCUGUAAUUUAUUGACCUCAGAAAUGCUGCCUAACAGACCUCAUUCGGGACAGAGAGGAUCCCCAGGGCUCCCCCCCCUCCACUUGGUAGGGCCCUGUGGGGCCAGGUGCUGAGGGGAGCCUCUCUGUACCCAAACCGUAACUUGCUUUUCCCCUCCCCCCUUGGGGGACCCCAGGUGGGCAGUAGCCCAUUCAAAAAUACCUCGAAGGGGAGGGCUGGGUAGUGACUGUUUUGAUAAAUUGGAACUGGAAGAGGGAUCAUGUCCCACUUUAUAUCCUUCCCAGGAAGGGGGAGGGACACCGUGAUCGCACUCCUGUACUGGCCACCGCCGCUGUCUGUCAUUACAUCGAGUUCACCUCCCCGAGAGUUUGGGUAAAUUCAGGUCAGAGCUGCAGGUACGCAGCCUCAAGUGUCAUAGAAAAGCAAUUCACCGACAACUGAUCUCUCCAUUCAGAAGCGUGCAGUCUUAAUGUACAGUGAUGAGAAACUGUUAUUUUAUGAUCUUUUCAUUAAAAGCUUGACUGAAAAUUUA